AUGGAGAAGCACUUGAAGGAGGAAAUCAUCAAAGCUUCGGAUUCCAUCCGAAAAAAAUUUCGUAGCCUUAAAAAAGAUGAAAGCCUGGAGUUGGAAACAAACGAGAAACGCUUGGCACCUUUAGUUUCUCCCUUGAAAACGCUGAUCGAUUUAACUCAACAAAAGGAUCAUGAAGUUAAAGUCGAACCCAAAAUCAAAGUUGAACCGAGAAUCGUGGUUUCAAAAACUCCACGUAAAAGGAAACCGAAAGAAUUUGAAGCGGACUCCUUGGAGGAAGACAACGAGACUUCUGGGGAAGAGAUUUAUGAAAGUCUUGAGGAAAUAAAUGAUGAUUCUCUUCAGAAAUGGAAUGAUUACACAUCUACUCUUGGACCUCAAUCCAAAUCGUAUUUGAACGGAAAAGUAUUCAGCGCUCAACCUGGACAUUACGACUCUAAAUUCGGUGUCCGAAUGGAUACGAAAAGUAAUAAUUGGAAAAUUGGAACCAAACCUAUUGAGUUCGAUAAAAGUGAUACCAUACAUAUCGGAAAUUAUAUGGUUCAAGGUACGCCCGGUCUCUUUGAACUUCUGUUUAAGAGCAUUCCUGACAUGAACAAAGUGAGAGAAAACGAUAAGGAAGUAUAUAAACAAAUCCUCGAAUUAACAAACGCACAUUUCCAAGAGUACAACCCUUUGAAGAAGAUCGCUAGCAGUAACAGCUAUAAAUAUAAAAAAAUUAUAUCACCUCUUUUCAAAGAACCGAAAGGGAGUGGAUUACUUCCUGUAAAUGAUAACAAGAUAGAUUACAUUCGAUGGAACGAUCCUAAUGAGUUAGUGUCAAGACUCGAACUUUUAAUAGCAUCUCGAGAAGCUGGGAACACCGCUCAUCUAGCAGAGAUAGCUUCGAUUGAGGAGGAGCUGCGAGAAGAAAAUAUCAUACAAUGA